AGUCAGCCAAAGCCUUAUGCAAUGACCAAUGCGAACCAAAAACACAUCACAGGAUUUUGUAUUGAACCUCAAUGAAGUGAAAGGCAGGGGAAAGGGGAUUUUUCUUGGAAAACAUAAUAUCUCUCCAGUGGUUUAGCCAGCCAGAGUCCUCUAAUUACUACUGGCUGUGAAAUCUCAGUCCAAAUAAAGCACCUUCUUUAGGGCCAUGUUUACUAUUAUGACGGACUCCUAUAAUAGCGCAAAACCAGCAGCUAGAACAAACUAAUUUCCCUUUGUUUAAGUUUGUUUGGCAUUUCCAGUGCCUCGUAGACCACAUGACAGUGAUGACACAAUGUCAGUGCACAGGUAAGUGUACAGCAAGGGUAUAAGUUGAAACAACACAGUCAAACUGUGUAACACAGUAUCUGUCAUCUCCUGUAUACUGAACUGUAUCUACUUCCUCUAUGAUUCUAUUUGCUCACACAUAACUUCCUUAGAAUGCAUAUAACCUCUCUUCUUCCUCUGCACUCCCUUGAGUGCUGUGGUAAUGACCCAAGUUCUGUUCUAAUAAUAUUUCAACAAUUUUACCCUGAACCUUGACUUCCCAGGUUGAUAGGUAAGUUCUACUUUGACUUUGAGACACAUGGUUAUUACUACACCCAAAGAUGUAUUGCUACAAGAAUCAUAAAUGUAUUGUAUUAAUUUUAAUCAAUUUCAGCAUAUCCAACCAGUAUUCAGUGGUGACAGGUACGUGAGAAGAUGGGUUAUUUACAAAAUGAUAGCAGCAUUACUGUGCCUUAGGGCCAUUUACUGUAAGGUCACAUAACAGAUGCGUAGGUGAUGAGAUUGAAUUUGGUUUUAUGAAAAUGAGUGUUUCUGAUGUUAAAGGCAAACAAAUAUUUUGUGACUGACCAUUUUCACUGGAUUCAAGUAUAGUUUCUUAACACAUUGGCUACUCUAUUGGUGCAAUACAGAGAAUGUGUAUUAGAAUAUUUGGGCAUUGCAACACCUGGAAGAUUGAUUCAACCAAUUUGAGAUAUCAGAUAAAUAGUCAGAAUAAUGGAGUAUGGGAUGUCUUUGCACCAACACAGGAUGAAAUCCAGGUUGUUCUACAUCAUGGUUCUGCUCACAGGGGGUCUGUCUAUGAAUGAAGGAAUAAACUAUUUGUACUCCAACUACACUCAAGUUCUAUCAGAUUGUCCAUCUGUAAUCGAUGUGUAUGGUGCAAGAUGCUGGAUGGAAGUUGUCAAUGAGCAGUUUAAGACUGAGAACCUCAGCACUAUUUUUAAAUCUGUGGAGAAACUAGAAAGGGUUCUUGAAAACACAGCUUUGAAUGAGACGACUUCAAUCAUUGUUGAGAGGCUUGUUGCCCACAUAUUCAGAACCGAGGGCAACUUUACUGGGCUUAAUAUAUCUGCCAGUCAAGAAACGGUAACAUCAGACAGUGACCAUGUGGCCAACACUACCGUCAAGGUCCACCUGCCCAAAGAGCUCCUGAAAGCCAAAGAGAACGGUACCAUCGUCUUCUGCAUGAUUACCUCACUUGAAAAAUAUGGGCCUUUGGGGGUUCUUGAUGGCCGAGUAGUAGGUCUGUCUGUAAGCAAGAAGACAGUGUUUGGUCUGCAUGACAAGGUCAACUUCUCCAUGGCUCUACAGCGCCCCACAGUGGAAAGUGAGGCUGACAAACAACCAUCUUGUCAAUUCUUAAAUUUUUCAACCAACAAGUUCUACCAGGAUGGCUGUACCACACAGUGGAGGAGAGAUGAGGGCCGUGUGGUGUGCUCAUGUGACCACCUCACAUACUUUGCUGUGCUGAUGGUGUCUCCCUCCAUCUCUGAAAGCGAUCAGGAGAUGCUAAGCUACAUCACUCUGAUUGGCUGCAGUCUGUCUCUGUUCUUCCUGGUGGUCACAAUCUUUCUGUACACCACUCGAAGAGGUACAGGCACAGACAUCUCCCUGAAGGUGCAUAUCAACCUGGCUGUGGCCCUGAUCCUCCUCAACCUGCACUUCCUGAUCAGCCAGCAGGUCACAGCAUUAUCCUCCUCUGGGUCAUGUAUCUAUGUUGCUGUCCUUCUGCAUUACUCUCUAUUGGCCACCUUCACAUGGACAGCCAUCGAAGGCUUCCACCUUUACCUGUUGCUGGUCCGUGUCUUCAACAUCUAUGUCAGGAGAUACCUGCUCAAACUGAGCCUGGUAGGAUGGGGAUUCCCUGCUGUCAUUGUCAUUGUGAUUGCUAUCAUUGACAAAGACACAUACAGGCGUGUGACUCUUCAUCCCUCUAAGACCAAUGGCACAGCUGUGGAGAUGUGUUACCUCUCUAAUGAUGUGAUGAAGCUGGUGACCACGGUGGGUCUGUUUGGCCUGGUGUUUGUGUUUAACCUCGGUAUGCUGGCUGUGACUGUGAGGCGCCUCCUGUCUCUGCACACUGAGCAGAUGUCAGGGGAGAAGGGUCGGGCCAGGAGGGACACCUGCACCGUGCUCGGUAUCACCUGUCUGCUGGGCAUCACCUGGGGCAUCAUCUUCUUCUCCUUCGGCCAGCUUACCACACCUGGCAUCUACCUUUUCUGUGUCCUCAACUCUCUACAAGGUUUUUUCAUCUUCCUCUGGUUUUGUGUGUUCAAAUGGAAGGCUGAAGACAGCCAACCUGGCAGUGACGCUCACUCUACCAAAACCUGAUCUGCCUGAGGACACAAGUCUGUUGUCAACCAAUCCAGAACUGUUGUUAUCAAUGUUCAUUUCAAACUUUAUUGAGAUGUUUUAUUUUGAGAAUACUAUCCUUAAAAUUGCAUAAUCUUAACACAACUGUAGACCUUCGAAAAUGUCUACAAACCACCCACUUGUGUUGUACCAAUACAAUAGCAUGUCAUAUUGUUCUUUAUUCUUUUUGUGAUUGUUUAGUUAUGGAAUGAAGGAAGGUGUUUACAGAA